UGCCCGCUUUUUGUUGAUAUUUUCGCUCGCCCAUCUUCAUCGAUCCUCUCGCUCCCUCCCUAAUGAAUCCGUGUAAAACCCUAGUUCGCAUACCUCUCGCUUGCCUAGCAUGCAAUCCGCGAAUCAACAGUGGCCGACGGCAAUUCUCUUCGGUCUCUCUUCGAUAUUUCCAUUCAAUCCCUUCCAUUAACCCCUCCAACAUCUGGGGCUCUUCUAUUUUCCCUCGAAAUGGACACAAACUCGAACCUCACAAGUCGCCGCCCUUGAGAUCUUACGGUUCCGCUGAAGGCGCCCUGUCAUUUGAAGAAACCUCCACCCUGGAACCGCUAGAGGAUUUGUCGAAAGACACCGUGGAAGCCUUGCUAACGGACAAGGAUGAUGUUACGAGACUGAUGAAGAUGGGGCGAAGAUCGGAUGACGUCCGCAGUGGAGGUGACUUCGCCCAGACGAGGCGUUGGUUUCCAUAUCUCGAUGAGUUUAGGGCGGGAAGUGCUGUUUUGCAAAGUAGGGAAGUGUUGGAGGCUUUAGAUCCCUAUAUUCUGGAGUUGAGGAAGGAGAAAUUUCGGAAUGCGGUGACGAAUCGGAGCUAUUCAAUCUGUUUGGUGGUUGAAGGUUUGAGUGAUUUCGGGAAUGUUUCGGCUGCGUUUCGUUCCGCGGAUGCGCUAGGGUUUCAAUCGGUCCAUGUUGUUUCUUGUGAGAGCUCCAAAAGGUACAGAGAGAAUCGCCAUGUUAGCAUGGGUGCUGAAAAAUGGUUAGAUAUUGAACUUUGGGACUCAACCCAGGAUUGCUUUAAGGUUUUGAAAUCCCGUGGUUAUCGCAUAGCCACAACACAUCUUGGGAAGAAUGCGGUAUCCAUUGAUGAUAUUGACUGGUCAUGUCCGACAGCAAUAGUUGUUGGAAAUGAAAAUAGGGGCAUAAGUGAUGAGGCUCUGGAGUUGUCCGAUCUGCAUUGCUGUAUUCCAAUGAAAGGCAUGGUGGAUUCCUUCAAUGUUUCAGUUGCUGCUGGCAUUGUCAUGCACCAUGCAGUUUGUGAUAGAACGACCCAUCUGGGUUGUCAUGGUGAUCUGACACAUGAAGAAAGCCAAAUUCUACUAGCAGAGUUCUAUCUUCGUCAUAGCAAGAGUGCUAUUAGUAUUGCUUAUGAGUAUGCAAAGCGGAGGACAGCCAGAACCUUGCCAAAACUUUGAUGAACUUGAGCUGUUUAACUAUAUGAGGAUAAUUCCAAGCUGUGACUGCUCAACAUCAUACAGGUAUGAUGUGCUCUGCAAUCAAUUUCUUCAUCGAUUGUCAUAAAUUUUUGUUAGUGUAUUAUUGAUAUGUAACCAUAAAACAUGAGCACUGUUGUGAGCCUCAUUAUGUUAGCAAUUGUUAUGGUAGCUAGCUGAGUAAUCUAAAUAAAUGUGUAAUUAGGUUACUAGAAUUUGAAUUUCUGUUUAGCAUAGCUGGUAGAAUGUUCCAGCAUGCUGUAGCCAAUUGUAAGCGCACAUUGGCACAGGACCAACCCUUUUUGGUGCCCAAACUUGUCGGAUCAAUAUAAAUAACUGAUCAAAGCUCUAAACUAAACAUGUUGAAUGAAAUUGGAAAUUAGUUUCCUUCCAAUUCUCUCUCUAAAUUUCUCUUUCCAUUCUGAUCUCUCUUUUUCCCUCCCAAAUAUCUUCUAUUCUCUCCCAAUUCUCAUUCUCAAUUCCCCGAAAACUCUUGUAAGACUUGUAAUCUGACAGCAAUAUCACUGAGAUUGAUAAAGGCCAAUAAUUCACAUAUCCAUGCUGUCAAUGGUAUACAAGUAUAUUCUACAACAUAAAAAAAUGGUUGAUUUUAUCUAUGGCUCUGAUGUUCUUCAGAAGAAGAAAGAAGAAAACUGUUACAAAAUAGAUAUAGUGAGGUUUUGAUGUCUACAAUGAAGUUCUGAUCUUCAUGUUUCUGUUAGCUAAGGGUAGAUGUAGGUAGGAUACAAGCAUGGUGGGAACCCAUACUUCACAUGUUACUACAGUGAAACUGUUAACGAAGGUAACACAAAUUUUGGUAAAAAAAUGAGAUUACCAAUGGUCAAAAUCCUUUUUUCUUACUUUUUUCCCUUAUUGUUGUCUCUCUCCACUGCCACCUUUCGCAUGUUUGUGUGUGUGUGAGUUGUGACAAUCCAAAAUCAACGUCCAUUAAAAAUCCAAAAGGGGUUGUGAUGGUGAGAGCUAGAGUGUGUGUGCGAGUGGUGAUAUUGAGAUGCUUAGAGAGAAUGCAUGAAAGAUUGGAAAUUCUUGGUGUAGUGGUUGAGAAUAUUUGAAAUACUUGUCCUCUUAAUUAGUGAAAGGAAGAUUCUCUAAAGAAAAGUUGCAAGAACUAUAUAGGUGUAUUUUUAUUGAGAGUUGAUAUAGGGAGUAUUUGUUCUUGGGUUAUUUAGGGCAUAUUCUCUUUCCCGUUUUCAGGCCGUUUUCUAUUUUCAGUUUUUGAAAAUAUUGAAAACGCGUUCUCUUUGUUAUUUUUCAAAACGCAUUUUCAAAAACAACUAAAAAUUUUGUUAAUAAAACUCAAAAACAACAUUUUGUUGUUUUGGGCGUUUUCAGUGAAAAUACACUGAAAACACAAAACAA